UUUAAUGAAUUGAAAGCAUAUCCAUUCUCGACCGAUCUCGAGUUUAGAAAGGGCCUCGCGGUUAUUCUCGGUCAUCCCGAGACGUCUGCCACGGAUGAGGAGAUCAAUCGUGAAGAUGACCUGGUGCUGCAGGCUAAAUGCUUCUACUUCUCGAGGAAGGAGAAUCUGACACCGCCUCUUGAUUUUUCAGUGUAUAGAAACUGGUUGAGGUCGACGUCUGCGUCUGCGUCGGCGUCUGCACAGUCGCCUAACGAGGCUCAGGAGCAGGGCAGCAAAUCACAGGAUGAGCCUGCAUAUCCUUCCUCUUUCGCGCAUAUAGUCGAGCUCAUAACCACCGGACAACCAGUGCCUGGCAUCCAAGAGAUCCCAGAUACAGUAUUGACUGGCCAAGAGGCACCAAGCACGCGGGAGAAAAGACGGAAGCCAUGGGAGAAG